UGCUGCUGUAAGGGCUGUAGCUGUGGGAAGCAUGAACAAAACUCACCCCAAGAGAAAUGGUGAUAUAGCUACUUCUGAUUCAACAAAGUCCUUAUCUGAAGAAAGAGGCUGCUGCCGGCCCCGCAGUGCCCACAUGGGCUGCACGCGGAGACACGCCUGCGUAUCUGCUGCAGCACUGCUUGUCCUCGCCGCUGUUGUGGGCUUGGCAGUGGCGCUGGGACUCCUGCUGCGCACGCCAGUGAAUCGCUUCUGUGCAGCCUCCAAUAACCAGACGGGCUUCUUGUGUGACGACAGAGCGACUUGCAUCCUGGCCAGCCAGGUCUGUGACAGGGUCAGCAACUGCAGGAAUGGAGAGGAUGAGCAGGAGAAAUUCUGUGGUGACUUGCCCCACAGCCUUCCGGGAUACCUGGUCUUCCGCUGCAGUAACCCCGCAUACUGGGUCUACGCCGAUCAGAGGUGUAACGGGAUGAACGACUGCGGAGACUGCUCUGAUGAGAUGGGGAGCUCGGCUGCCUGCCCCCCGUGCGGGUCGGAGUGGUGGAGAUGCAGCCCUGUGCUCUACGAGUACUGCUCCUGCGUCCCCAGGAGGCUGUGCCGGGACAGCAUCCAGCACUGCCUCAGCUGGUCGGAUGAAUAUAUCUGCAGACCAUGAAAUCUUGGCACCCAGCAGCACUGGAGACCACAGGGUGCUUCGUGCACUGUCACCUCUAAACCUCAGUGUCCUCCCUCUCUGCCACCUGCUUGGGAAGCUCCAGCCCAAGCAAGCCCUCACCAGCUGUGCUCUGACCAGUGUGCAGUGACACUGAACAGGGAUGAAGUGCUGUGCUUCUAGCCUACGGCAGCCGAUGCUGCAGGCUAGACACCGGCUGUGGGACACCUUCACAGGUUCUGUUGUGUGAAGGCGAGUCAUUUCUACAUGGGCAGAUCACUGUCUUGCAGCGCUGCUGCGAUUGCUCGAUGGGUUGUGUGCAGGCUGGAGACUGUUUGCCAGCUGCUGCCAACAUGGAUACCUGUGUCUGGCCAGCCCUGGCAAGGGGUUUCUCCUGUAUGGACACGCUGGUGCCUUUGCAUGCAGCCAGAUGAAGGUACAUUGAAGACUACCCUGAAGAGCAGGAGCUGAAUGAGGUGAUCCUUUCUAGCCCUUGGGUUAGUGUUUCCCUCCGACAAGUCUUCGUGCUCUUUAUCUUCAUGGGCAGGAGGAGAAGCCUGCAAUUGUGUUCAGAGCAUGUCUGCAGAUAGUUUCAGCAGCAGCUUUGAAGGCUCUGUGCUGAUGCUUCCAGGAUGCUUCCUCAGGAACCCGUCGCUGAGGGUGACAUGCUGGGGAGCUGCUGCGCAGGCCACCCCUAUGCUCUUCUCAAACCAUGAAGGCCAACAUGGAGAGCAUAAUGACAAGGAAAACUGAAGUGGAGAGUGAAAGGUUUCAGGGUCUGUGAGGAUAAAUCACCAUGUCCCUGUGGCCAUAUAGCUGUCCCUGCAGAGCAGGGGCAGGGAACCAUUGUGUAUAUGAAAUGUACUUCUCUGAGGGCUGUGCAGUUCUGGAGCAGCAGCUCAGCAGGUUGAGAACAGCCGUGGGGCUGGGAUGAGUUUGCACUGAAGUUGGCGAGGAAAGGAGAGAAAAAUGUUGCAGCCUCGGAGCAGAGAGCAGCAGAAAACCAAGUGCCACAGCUGCUCCCAGGGUGGUGUGGGAUGACAUGGGAUCUGUUCGUUGCUCAUUCCGUUCCUCUGCCAGCAGAGCAGGAUCAGUCAGCCAAACCUUCAAAGCAGUCCCCAGGGUAUAGGUACAGAUGUGCCACUGAAAUUUAAGAAAGAUGUGGUCUUUCUCUGCUCCUUUGAAAAAUCUCAUCUGUGCCUAAAACAUCGUCUCUGAGAAAAACCCAUGUUCAUGAUGAGUGCCCUUACUUUACUAGGCCCAAAAUAAGCAUCAGGCAAUACUCUUCCCACCAUCAUCCCAGGUCAUAUAUCUUUAAAAAUAAAACCCUGUUCACUAAUUUCCUCUCUGUCCUGUGAUCUGCAACUCGGCAUGUCAUCAUGACUUGUAUCUACGGUGAAUGU